AUGCUUCAAAUUCGGCUUAGCAAGACUUCUGCUUCUGAUGGGUCGGCAGGGGUGAAGCAGUCUCCUGUCGAGACUGUUACAGUUGCGUGCCCUGACCAUCUAGUUCUUGCUGAUCUUCCUGUUGCAAAGGGCAUUGGCACACCUUCUACUGUUUCCCUUGUUAGGAAUGUGGGUCGCAGAUCGCGCCGCCAGCUUGGUGAGCGAGUUCAUUUCUGUGUUCGAUGUGAUUUCCCGAUUGCUAUUUAUGGGAGGCUGAGCCCUUGUGAUCAUGCUUUCUGUCUCGAUUGUGCUAGAAGUGAUUCACUGUGCUAUCUGUGUGACGAACGAAUCCAGAAGAUUCAGACGGUCAAAGUGAUGGAAGGAAUCCUAAUAUGCGCCGCACCUCAUUGUCUCAAGUCAUUCUUUAAGAAAGCUGAGUUUGAAUCUCAUAUCCAUGAGAACCAUGCCAAUCUUGUUCGUUCCAAUGCAGAUAAAGAAGAUGGAAAUGAGUCAGAGGCUCAAAGUGUUAGGCAACCUGCGGCCUCAGAUUCCACAGCUCGAGGCCCCCAAAGGCAAGUCUUUUCUCCAGGUUCAAAUUCUCAACCACACGAUCUGGAAGAUAGAACUCGUCGGCAGCCAGCAAGAGAUCAAGCUCCUUCAAGGCCAACAAUGCAGCAAAAGCCACCAUUUUUUGGCCAACAACAACAUCACCCUUCAGAUACAAUGUCUGGUUCUAUCGGAGGUAUGCAACAGGGCUUUCAUCAACAAAAUUUUGACAUGCCGCAGCAGCAUCCCCCACAAGAACCUUCUCAGUUUACUGACAGGCCGCAAUCAGUUGGUCCAGAUAACUCAUUUCCUGAGUAUCCAACAAUGCACCCUGGACAAUCCGCCAAUAUCCCCCCACACUCAAACCCAAUGCUUAACCCACCUUUGCCAUUCGGUUAUCCCUCGUACCCGCAAGACCGAGCUCAGCCAUUUUAUGCAGCUCCCUAUGAUAUGCCUAGGCAGGACUCAGCUUCUGAUAUGAGUGGAGACCCAAAUUCAUUAAUGGUUUUCCCACAAGGUGGCCCAAAUUUUCAAGGAAAUUAUUCCCAGCAAUGGAAUGCAGCAGGUGUUCCAUUUGAGCAAGCACAGGGUGGUGGUAUGAUUGUGGAUCCAAGGGAUACCAAAGGAUUAUUGGCACCACCACAGCCCAUGCACCUCCCACCACCACCGCCGCCGCCAGCCCACAUGUUGAAACAGAGCAACUAUUCUGUUGAGCACGGACAAGACGGUCAGGGUUAUGGUUGGCAGCAUGAUAGUCGUGACAGCUUUAGUGGCCAAGGCUAA